AUGGGGAAAAAGGACAUUAGAGUAAAUGUCAAGUUAGAAGGAACCCCGGUAGCUAUGCAACUUGACACAGGAGCUGCCCUAACACUUGUUUCUGAGAUGGCGUAUAAGAAACAUCUCUCUCAUCUGCCUCUGAAGGAAAGUAAAGUGCGGCUGUCAACCUUUUCCGGUGAGAACAUUCCCUUGAUGGGACAAGUGACUGUCAAUGUGAAAUAUGGAAACGAGAGUGGUGAUUUACCCCUUGUGAUAGUGAAAGGUGACAAACCAGCCCUCCUUGGCCGUAACUGGCUCACAAACUUCAAACUAGACUGGGCAAACAUAUUCUCAGUUAUACCAGCAGGGGGCAGUAAUAAUGCAAAUGUGGAGGCAGUGUUGCAGAGACACAAAGCAGUGUUUUCUGAGGAGACUGGCACUAUUCGUGAGUUUAAGGCCAGCAUCACAGUAAAACCAGAGACCAAACCAGUCUUCAGGAAGGCAAGACCAGUGCCAUAUGCACUAAAAGAUGCAGUCGAGAAAGAGUUAGACAGGUUAGAAAAAGCGGGUAUUAUCUCAAAGAUAGAACAUAGUCAGUGGGCUGCCCCGAUAGUAGUUGUACCCAAAUCAGACAAGUCAAUUCUUAUCUGUGGAGACUACAAAGUCACGGUAAAUCAGAGUGUGGAGGAGGAGAACUAUCCACUACCGAAUGCCUAA